AUGGAAGAAAUCAAUAUUUCCAAUACUAGACCAAUACCACCCCUAUUAUACAAAGAAUUCAACAAACCACAAAAGAAAAAAGAUCUUGAAGAUUUUGAUAAAUACUUAAUUAUUUUAGGAUCAAUAGCACUUGCAGAACAGAAACCAGAAGAUUUUGAACAUAGAUACUAG